AUGGUGGGAACUGAAAAAGUAAUACGGUCACACGUGUAUCCCGGUAGCGAUGAAACGCAGAAAGAGAAGGAAAUGGACGAAAAUUUUCAGCGGACAACCAUUGGUGGAUUUCACAAUUUCACUUUCUUUGGUAUGUUCAUCCUAAAAGCGGAAAGGGACGAAAUGCUGGCCACCGGGCAGGGCUCAGCUAUUGACUCUUUGGGCUGGUCGGUCUAUUUCAGCUACGGCAAUACAUCCAGUUCAGAUAAACCACAACAUUCCAUCACACACUCUCAAGAACUGCCUAAUAAACCUGGAUACACAAGAAAUGCUAUUAUUCUGUGCGACUGCACUCAAAGUUUGAGUACAGGCCCGGCUCCCAUUCUAAGAGAGGAGACUUACAGUCUGAAAAGGGUUCGAGGGAAAAUGAGCACUGAUGAGAAGAACAGGGCACCCGAGUUGUUGAUUCGAAUCAACCACCAAGCAGCCUGA